CAACAACUACCCUCCUAGACUCGUUCCAGAGCUCAGUUUCCAAGCUCCAUGUCACCACGCGCUUGCAAUUCUUCAGGUACGGUUCUUCCACUCCUUUCAAGAAUCAAAAUUUCUGUGCCACAAACAAGGCUCAAAGCUCAGACUCACUCUCACAAAGAAACCCACAAGGAAAAUCCAAUUUUCUGAUCAGAAACAAGGAUCUCAGGUGGGGUUUUUCUGAUGAAACACCCAUUUCUCAAUCAAAGGCUAAUUCAAAUUCUUCUAGUAGUAGUUGGUUAGAUAAAUGGAAUGAUACUCGGCCCAAACCGCCUAGGGCGGUAUUGAAUUAUAGAAAUAGUGGCAAUUCUUCAAAUUUAGGUUCCAUAAAAAUUAGUUCUUCUAGUGGUGGUGAUGGUGGUGGUGGUGGUAGUACAAUGGAGAAGAUUGUGGAGAAAUUGAAGAAAUUUGGGUACAUGGAUGAUGUGAAUGAGAAGAAUGAGGAGGGGGAGAGAGUGAUUGAAAAAGGGUCUGUUGAGGAUAUAUUUUAUGUUGAGGAAGGUAUGUUGCCAAAUCCAAGAGGUGGGUUUUCAGCAGAAUCGCCGUUGGGGGUGGAAAAUGUGUUUGGAAGUAAUGGGGAGGUGAGGUUUCCUUGGGAGAAGCCAGUGGACAAGGAAGAGGAGAAGAGGAAUUCUGUGAGGCAAAAGAGUAGGACUUGUUUAGCUGAAUUGACUCUUCCGGAAUCAGAGUUGAGGAGGCUGAAGAAUUUAGCUCUUCGGAUAAAGAACAAGACAAGGAUUGGCGGUGCUGGUGUCACUCAAGCAAUUGUGGAUUUGAUUCAUGAGAAGUGGAAAUCAUCUGAGGUUGUGAGAUUGAAAAUCGAGGGUGCGCCUGCACUUAAUAUGAAGCGGAUGCAUGAGAUAUUGGAGAGAAAAACUGGUGGGUUGGUGAUUUGGAGGUCUGGCACUUCUGUUUCUUUAUAUAGAGGUGUGAGCUACGAGGCUCCCUCAGAGCGAGCAAACAAGAAGAUACAUAAAAGAAAUGAGAUUUCGCAAAAUUCUUUAUCAAUGGCUACUGCUAAAAGUAUAAAUUAUUCAGAGCAUAGUUCUGUUAAUGAUGCGCAUACACCUCAAGGAGACUCAGGAAGUGCUCUUGAGGAGAAAAAAGACACAGAAUCAUCACAGGAAGUGAAGUAUGAAGAUGAAAUUGAUGAACUGUUAGAUAGUUUGGGGCCUAGAUACACAGAUUGGCCUGGAGGUGAUUUGUUACCUGUAGAUGCAGAUUUACUUCCCGGUAUUGUUCCUGGGUACCAACCUCCCUUCAGAGUUCUUCCUUAUGGGGUGAGAGCUACACUUUCAGGAAAGGAGGCAACAGCUUUGAGAAGGCUUGCCAGAGUUCUUCCUCCGCAUUUUGCUUUAGGUAGAAGCAGGCAGCACCAAGGUUUGGCUGUUGCCAUGAUCAAGUUUUGGGAAAGAAGUUCAAUUGCAAAGAUUGCACUGAAACGUGGUGUACAGCUAACCACAAGCGAGAGAAUGGCUGAAGAUAUCAAGAAAUUGACAGGGAGUGUGCUUCUCUCAAGAAACAAGGAUUUCUUAGUGUUCUAUAGGGGAAAGAAUUUUUUGUCACCAGAGGUAGCGGAAGCAUUACUAGAAAAAGAGAGAUUGGCAAAGACCCUGCAAGAUGAAGAGGAGCAAGCACGGUUGAAAGCUUCAGCGUUGGUUAUGCCAAAUGUUGAAAUAAAUGGUGAAUCUAGAACUACUGGUACACUUGAGGAAACAUUGGAUGCCAAUGCUCGGUGGGGAAAAAGGCUAGAUGAUCAUGACAAGGCAAAAGUGAUGAAAGAAGCAGAGGUGUUAAGGCAUGCCGAUCUUGUUAGAAAGCUCGAGCGCAAGCUUGCUUUUGCUGAGCGAAAGCUCAUGAAAGCGGAAAGGACCCUAUCUAAGGUAGAAGAGUCUUUAGCACCAGCAGAUUGCCCAGCAGACCCAGAUAGCAUAACUGACGAGGAGAGGUUUAUGUUCCGCAAGCUUGGUUUGAGGAUGAAAGCUUUCUUGCUUCUUGGUAGACGUGGAGUUUUUGAUGGUACCGUGGAGAACAUGCACUUGCAUUGGAAAUACCGAGAAUUGGUUAAGAUCAUCGUAAAGGCUAAGAGCUUUGACCAGGUCAAAAAUGUUGCACUUUCUCUUGAAUCUGAGAGUGGAGGUGUUUUGGUCUCAGUAGACAAAGUGUCCAAGGGGUAUGCCAUAAUUGUGUUCCGGGGAAAGGACUAUCAUCGCCCAUCUGCACUGAGGCCAAAAAAUCUUUUGACAAAACGGAAGGCCUUGGCACGUUCAAUUGAGCUCCAAAGGCGCGAGGCUCUCCUUAAUCACAUUUCAACUCUUGAAACACGAGCAGGGCAGCUAAGAUCUGAAAUUGAACAGAUGGAUUUCAUAAGAGGCUCUGGAGAUGACGAGCUUUAUGACAAACUAGAUUCUGCUUAUCCUACAGAAGAUGAAGACAGUGAGGAUGAAGAGGACGAGGCAUACCUCGACACUUCUGACACUUACAAUGAUGGUGAAGAUGAAAUCGAUGAUCACCCAGUUCACAAUCACCACUUGGAAACAAAUUUUCCCUAUGAUUUCCAAGAUCAGGAGUCAGAAGAGCCUGGAAAUCAUAAGCCAUAUGCAGUUGCUGAUGAGUCAAGUAUAAGAGUUGAUGAAAUGGAGGAAAAUGAUACAGUGGUUGAGCUUAUUGAAAGAAGAAUAUGAAAAGAAAAAAAAAAAAUUGAAGGAAUUAUUGUGAGACAUCAAAGGGUUUAUAUGCACAAAUAAAUCAUGUGAUACUUGCUUCCCUUGUAAUAGCCGGUCCUAAAUUUUGUACAAAUAUGGCUUGUUAAUUUCAAGCAAAGUUCAGAGGAUCACUGCAUGUCUAGUUUUGUGUUUGGUCUGGUCCUCUUUCCAUGCUUCAAAGCACUUGGUUUUGCAUACUCACACUUCUCUACGCUUGAGACCCUUCUGAAGGUUGAAUUAUUUGAUGCAUACAGAGUAGUUAAUUUGAGCAGGAUUGAUGUACACCCAGCUGUUGCAAUUGUAUCAUUAUGGACUUAUCUAGUGUCAUUUAAUUUAUGUUAGUGGUCCUCAAAAAAAAAAAA